ACGAAGGCAGACGCUUAACCAACUGAGCCACCCAGGAUCCCCCAUACUAUUAACUCGUAUAGGAAGGUCUUUGUUGUAUAUAGUAUGAGGUAGGAGUCCAACCUCAUUCUUUUGCAUGUGGAUAUCCAGUUGUCCCAGCACCAUUUAUGAAUACUGGUUGUUUUCUAAUGUUGUUUGUUUGAUUUUUUUCUCUUUUAAUGGGAAUCCUGGCUAGGAAUGAUGAGAAGGAAAUGAGGUCUCUGCUUUAACAACAGAGACACAGGUAAUGACACAUGUACCUCUUACACACCAGGUACUAUUUUGGUGCUAGUGUCCCCAGUUCACCUCUCUUUUCCAGGAGCAGAAACAGAAGCCUGUGUACAGUCUCCUUAUGGAGGCAUUAAAUGCUAGCCUCAGAAGCCACCACCUUCAGGUGGCAGAGACGUCUUUAAACAGUCAUUUUAUGUUCUGCAUCCUCUUUUCUACAGGAGAUUUGGCAGGUCGUGCAGAACUACUGGGGAAAACCUCUCUAAGGAUCUGGAAUGUGACCCGGACAGACUCAGCCCUUUAUCGCUGUGAGGUGGUUGCUCGAAAUGACCGCAAAGAAAUUGAUGAGAUUGUCAUUGAGUUAACUGUGCAAGUGAAGCCGGUACCUCCUGUGUGCAGAGUGCCAAAGGCUGUACCGGUCGGCAAGACGGCCACGCUGCACUGCCAGGAGAGCGAGGGCUACCCCCGGCCGCACUACAGCUGGUACCGCAAUGACGUGCCACUGCCCACCGACUCCAGGGCCAAUCCCAGAUUCCGAAACUCCUCUUUUCUCUUAAACUCUGAAACAGGCACUCUGGUUUUCAAUGCUGUUCACAAGGAAGACUCUGGGCAGUAUUACUGCAUCGCUUCCAAUGAUGCAGGCUCAGCCAGAUGUGAGGAGCAGGAGAUGGAAGUCUGUGAGUUACUUUUUGAAAAUAUUUCAUCUGAAGACUGGCAAGUGGAUAGAACACUUUUAAUAUUAGACCACCAUCAGUUUAGACAACUGGUCAGCUUUCUUCUGGAGAUGACUGGAUUCACCAAAACUCACUCGGAUGACCUGAACAUCGGUGGCAUUAUUGGGGGGAUCCUGGUGGUCCUUGCUGUUCUGGCCCUGAUCACCGUGGGCAUCUGCUGCGCGUACAGACGGGGUUACUUCAUCAAUAAUAAACAGAAUGGUGAAAGUUACAAGAGUCCGGGGAAGACAGAUGGAGUGAACUAUAUCAGGACAGAUGAGGAGGGCGACUUCAGACACAAGUCAUCAUUUGUGAUCUGAAAUCUGAUGGUGUGGCUGAGGGAGCACAUGCAAAUACCUCUACCAGAAACUCCUAUCAAGAGCAAACCGGGAGCCAAGUGCACUUGGACAGAGCUAGACACUUACGCAAAAGCUUUUUGUUUUGGCCAAAGUUGACCGCUACUCCUUUCUUACUUUUUAACCAGCCACAUGAAUAAAAGAAUUAUCCUCGAGAUGGGCAUAGUCAUCACAAGGAGGAAAAAAAAACAAAACUGCAUUUCACUGAGGCUGAUUCCCAGUCUGUUUCUGGCCUGGCUCCUGCCUGAGUGUUAGGGUGAUCGGGAAGCUCUUGGCCACAGAGGCUGGGCUGGGCACUGUGGGCCAGUGAAGCCAGUUUAUUCACCACUCAUCUACGUCAGCCAGCGUGAGUCCUGUGUGUGGGGCCACCAGGCAGCCAUGCAGCACUGGUAACGCAGGGCUUGGGAGCACGACGCACUGCGACACCCUGCAGUUGCAGAGUUUGAACCAGGAAACCCAGAAAAGAGGUGUUUUAUGCGAUGAUCUUGUUUCACAGCUGCCCGCAGCCAGCACUGCAGAUUCUCCUUGAAGGUUCUGUUCAUCAGUAUUUUAGUGUCCAUCUUGGAAAAUCUGUUUGGAUCAGAAUUUUAUGAAAACAGCCCAAAUCAGGAAGGUAAAUUGCUUGUUGGAAGAAGGCGUCUUCUUACCUAUAGGAACCCUGCUUGCCCAUGGGGGGUGGGGGGGGUCAGUAUUUACAUAAAACCUUCAUCUUAGGCGAAAUCUGAAAUGGUACUGAAAUAAUGUUCUGCUUUUCUAUGGGUGUUUAUUUUAUAAAAUUUUACAUUCUAAAUUUUUGCUAAAGAUGUAUUUUGGUUAUUGAAAAGAAAAUUUCUAUUUAAAUUGUAAAUAUGUUGUCAUACAGUGUUAAAUACCUAUUUUUUUAAAAAUUUUCAAUUUAAGGUAGGAGUUCCAAGCUACUAGUGUUAAAUUGGAAAAUGCCAAUAAUUAAAGAGUAUUUUAACCCCAAAAAUCCUCUCAAGGAAGCUUACUGGAACAUUCCUUUUUUUCCACCUAAGUUAGCAUUUUUCACAAGAGAAUUUACAUUGUCUAUACAUCCCAUCAUUGUUACUUAGGAAACCUUUAAAAAAAAAAAUCCAGUUGAAUAAUGUCAAAAUCUAUUUGCAACUCUCCAAAAGAAACAUAAGGAGCUCUAAGGGUUAGCUUUGAAUGGCCUCUUCCUAGAUUACUCCGACUACCUGUGCCCAGAGACCACCCAGAAGUGCUUGGAUGUCCCUGUGAAACCACGUUCGCAACUCCCGGGCUUGAGUCCUGUGCCCCACUCGAAGGCCAUAUUGGCUACUAACUUCGAAGGCUAGCCAGCAUGUGCACUGCCAUCUUUAUUGGCCUGACAGAGGCUUUGUGUGCUGAUGAGCUUUAUAGCGUUGGACUUACUACUUUCUAGUAGUAAGGUGGACACUUCAAGAAGGGUGGGUGUCUUCCCUGUGGUAUCCCAGCCUUCAGCUCCCCGGCGACAGAGCUCUUUCUCGUUGUGGAUGGCUCAUGAAACAAAGUAGCUAUUGUUUGGCUUUAAAAUUCAUUUUACUUAUUUGUGUAGUUCAUCAGACUGUCCAGGGCCAAAGGCAGUUCUGAAAACUACAAUCAUGUUUUUUAAGAAAAUGAAUUCCACUUUUCCUCUUCUCCAUGAAGAAAGCACGGAGACACCGCAGGUUGUGUCUCACUUCACAAUAAACCUAAAUUAUGUGGUGGCGGCGAGGCCAGCCCUUUGAAGAACGUCAGGUAGUGCAGCCGGGGUGGAAAGCCUGAUGGCAAGGAAAGCGAAAUGCCUGAAUCAAGGGCCGUUUUCUGAUUUUGAUUUUAAAGUCUUUAUCUACCCAAGACACUGCUGCUCACUGGGUGUGGGACAUUAGAAACAUCAUUCAAGAGCCUUUGUUCUUCAAGAGCAGAUGUUCUUCGCCUCAGAUACAUUGCUGUGUUAAACUCAUGAUGUGAAGCGGUUUGAAGAGGGAGCUUCUCAGAGGAGGGCCUCCAGUUCCACUGUGUGCUUCAAGGAUGGUUUUUAUGUAGAAGGAUGUAGUCAUCUUGGGAUUAAACUUCCAGCGUCUUAAUUUUUUAUACUUUGAGCGUUUUUUUUAAUUGAAUACUUGAGACUUAUGUUGACUUUUCUUUUUUAAGUUCUGUGAAUACUCUGCCACAGGCUGUUUGGCAGAAGCAGUGGGCAACUCUUCAUAAUUGCUUAAUGGUACCCAUCUUCUUUUGCGUUUGUGUUUUGAAUGCUUAGACUUAAGAUAUCCCUUCAUCUUCACCCCCGCUUGGUAGAAAGGGGUAGUGUCCCCGUUCUCUAAUUGUUGGGGAGCAACGCCCUAGCUGCCAUCUUGGUUGUCCUAGUGAUAGGACAGCCCCGACUCCCUUCUCAUGACCGUACCACCACCUAGCCUCGUGCCAUGUGAACUGGGGCUGACAGAGAGAAGUGAGUAUGGAGGCUGGGAAGUUGGUGCCUGAUACUGUAAAGAUGUAGACGGAAAAGGACCAUUCAUGUGUCUUUAAGAUGUGAAUGCGACUGAAGACUCGAAGCCUCUACAAGGCCAUUGCGGCCUCUAGCGUAGCUGUGCUGUACAUAGACAUUGCAGACUUGUACUAACACACCUGCAAGUUGGUAUUUGUUAAACCUCAUUUAUAAAAGCUUUUAAAAA